AUGCUUCCUUUUCCUGGUGAAGAUGUGAAACGUGCUAUCUUUGAUAUUGAAGAUAACAAAGCCUCGGGUCCAGAUGGAUAUUCUAGUUGUUUUUUUAAAGAAGCAUGGCCUUGUAGUGGUGGAGAUGUUAUUGAGGCUAUACUGAAUUUCUUCCAGUCAUGUAAACUACUAAAGCAGAUCAAUGCUACUACCCUCUGCCUUAUUCCUAAAGUAGAGCAACCUACUGAUGUUUCCCAAUUCCGUCCAAUUGCCUGCUAUAAUGUCAUCUAUAAAGCCAUUUCUAAAAUGCUUUGUAGUAGACUUAAGAAGGUAUUGCCUACCUUGAUUGAUCAGGUGCAAAGUGCCUUUGUUGAAAAUAGAGUUAUUCUGCAUAACAUUUUCAUAUGUCAGGAUAUGUUGAAAGGCUAUAAAAGGAAAAAUCUCCUUGCUAGAUGCACUCCCAAAGUAGAUUUAAAGAAAGCUUAUGAUUCUUUAAAUUGGGAAUUUAUCAAAGAGGUUUUGAUUGGCUUGAAUUUUCCUUAA